CACACACACACACACCGGAUCUCCGAGUUUCUACGGUAACGCGCUGCAUUGGCUAUUUCUGUUGCGAGGAUGCAGGCUGUGAGAGGGAGAUUUUUGACACCUGGAAGAUGAGCUAGGACUCUGAUAGAGUUUAUAUAAAGUGGUCCAAAGGGGUCUGGAAGGAUUCUAGCUGCCAUCUGUACUAAUAUCACAGUGGUCAUGACACAUCCUGAGUUGCAUGCCAUCGCACUGACACUUCUUUGCAGCUCAGCAUCCCUGCUGUCGGGCUUUCCGUUUGGACCUGUCCUUGAGCUGGAUGUCAUUCCUAGAACCACUGUGCCUUUUAAUGGGCUUCUGGGAUGUAAUCACUUUCGUGGUCAGACUGUAAACUACAGUACUCUGCUGUUGGAGGAUGGAGCUGACAUGUUGUAUGUAGGGGCCAGGGAGAUCCUGUAUGCCUUGGACACGGCCAAUAUCUCAGCUAUCCGCAAUAACAAUUCUAUCGAUUGGGCUGCGUCUGCAGAGCAGAAGAAACAGUGCUUAAACAAAGGAAGAGACGAUCAGACAGUAUGCUACAAUUAUGUUCGAUUUCUUGAUCGAUAUAAUGAGACUCAUCUCUACACCUGUGGGACCCAUGCCUUCAGACCUCGCUGUGCAUACAUAGAUGUGGAGCGAUUCAGCUUUGUGCGUUUUGAGGAAGGCAAAGAUAAAUGUCCCUAUGACCCAAGCAAAGGUUACACUGGCUUCAUUGUGGAUAGUGAGAUGUACUCCGCCUCCCAGUAUGAGUUUCGCAGCUCCCCUGACAUUCGUCGUAACUUUCCCUUUCCCAACCUGAGGACAGAGGAAGCUCCAACCAGAUGGCUAUUGGAGGCGGACUUUGUUGGCUCAGCACUAUUGAGAGAAAGCAUCAACAGCUCCAUUGGGGAUGAUGACAAAGUUUACUUCUUCUUUACUGAGAAAAAUCCAGAGCAGAAGCCUUACUCCAGUCAGACCAGAGUGGCCAGAGUGGCCAGAGUCUGUAAGGGUGACAUUGGAGGUCAGAGGACUCUUCAGAGGAAGUGGACAUCCUUUUUAAAGGCCCGACUUGUGUGUUCCUUCCCUGAGUACGAGUUGCAGUUCAACAUCCUGCAUGGCGUGUACGUGCUGGAAGGGCCUAAUGUUCAUGACAGCCUCAUCUUUGCUGUCUUUGGGCUUGAAUGGAAAAAUGUUAAAACAUCUGCAGUUUGUCAGUACUCCAUCAGAGAUGUGCAGGCUGCAUUUGAUGGCCCUUACAUGGAACUCCAAGACUCCAAAUUUAGGGAAUAUACAGGAAAAGUUCCAGACCUCAGGCCUGGCUCAUGCAUAACUGAUCAGCACCGGGCUCAGCUGAUAAAUUCAUCACGGGAUCUGCCAGAUAACGUGCUCAUGUUUGUUCGGAGACACCCUCUGAUGGCCAGAGAAAUCCAGCCAAUAGGAAGACGACCUCUACUGUUCAAAAAGAGUGCUGACUAUACCAGGAUAGCUGUUCAUAAAGUGACUGCCUUGGAUGGGAACACCUAUAAUAUGAUCUUCAUAGGAACAGAUGAUGGGUGGAUGCAUAAGGCUGUACAGCUUGGAGAUCAAGUGCAUAUCAUUGAGGAGCUACAACUGUUUAAUGAACCACAGCCUAUAAACAACAUGGUUAUUUCAUAUAAACAGAAAAGUGUAUAUGUGAGCGCUUCAUCAGGAGUGGUGCAGGUACCUCUGUCUUCCUGUAUCCGCUACACCUCAUGUUAUGGCUGUGUGUUUGCCCGAGACCCACUAUGUGGCUGGGAUGGAAGACAGUGUGUUGAAAUAUCAACAUACGCUUUCAGGUCCAAUUUAACUCAGGACAUUCAGAUGGGUAAAAGAGGGUGUGACAACAUCACAGAGGAUGGUUUUGUGACCCAUCGUACUCGUACAGUAAUGGAAGGCCACGACAUGCUCUUGCUUUGUGAGCUUCGCUCUAAUCUGGCAGUUCCCCACUGGACUCUAAAUGGUGAACCGCUGGAGGGUUACGCUGUGGACACUGGCUACCGAAUUGGCACUGAUGGCCUGCUUGUAAUUGGAGCUCAGACCCGGCACAAUGGCCAUUACCGCUGUUAUGCUGUGGAGAAUGCUGUUUGGAUUCCAAUACGCAGCUAUAUGGUUAGGGUGCAGCCUGUUCCUCCACCUUCACCCCAUCUUCCCACAGAUCCAACUGCCCUACCAGAGAGGUUCUUUACCACUAGUACCCUAUCUGUCAGCCCCUCUACAGAAUCUAUUAAGCAACCCCAGCAUCCACUACCUUCCAAGCCUGACUUCCACACUAACCGACACAUGGAGGCUAUGUAUAUCUUCCUGGUGGCUGUUUUAGGUGGACUCUGUCUUGUGCUGACUGUGGUGUUGCUGUAUGUUAGCUUCUGUGCACACAGCGCCCCUGGUCACAGGAAGUACUCUAAGCAAGAGCUGUCCAUUACCCCUACCACAGAGAGGAAACGAAGCUCUCAUGUAGAGCUGAAGACAAUCUCUAGCCACUGCAAUGGGAGGACUGAUGGCCUAUAUGGAGCAGCAUCAAUUGAUGGAGAAUUCAUGCAGAUUAUUCCAGGUGAUGGGCAGGUCAGCCCUGACAAGGAGCCUCCUCCUGCUCCUCCACUCCCCAUGCCACCUCCACUCCCAUCCUCAGAGUAUGCAAAUGGCUUGUCGCCCACAUUACCCAGUGUUUUAAGAAAAAUAAAUGGGAACAGCUACAUGCUCCUGAGUCAGAUGGACUCUGAUAUGACCUCACCUCUUUACCAUUCUUUCACAGAGGAGCUCAACAGGAUCUUAGAGAAGAGAAAACAUACACAGCUUGAUCUGCAGCCAGAUGAAAGCUCUGUGUAGCCCAUUCUUUCCUAAUAUGGGGAGUGGCACCUUUUUGAGGGAAUCUUAACUGUUGUUAAAGCUGUAUUUUCAAAUAAUUAAAAUGUGGUGUAUUAUGCUCUGUUUGCACUGUAUGCUGAUGUACACAUCAAUUCCUAUAGAUACUAUGAACCGAUAUUUGGAUGUUUUGUUUUUUUAUUCCUUGAGAAUUUCUCAGACAAAAUCUAAGAAUAUACCAUAAUAUGUUCAAUACUGUAAUAUAAUGAGGUAAACCUGACAUUUCUUUUAAAGGAAAGACCUCAAAUAGCGAUCAUGUUCUCAGAGGACUCCGGGCGCAUACUGUACAUACACUAUACUGUACAUGCAGAACUAAAUUUUAAAAAAUAUCCACGGACUGAGUUACAAAAAAUUAUGUAAAUGCAUUUAUAUCAUCAGAGUAUGUACAUUAUUUAUUAUAACUUACUGCAUGGGUUCCUGACCUCUGGUCACUGGUGCCCCUGGCCUUGCACAAAAUUGAAAAAUACGAAUAUACCAGAUCCAGGAUUUUUUUUUUUAACCGUGCUUGGGACAUAAAAAUCUCACCCAAUGAUAUUAAACUGCAUAGGAUCCUGAUUAAUGAUUUCUGGCUAAUGUAAAUUGAAGGUACAGCUGUACAGUAUGUAAUAGCUAUAACUGCAGUGUAUAUGUGAAAAGACAAGGCCAAGCUUGGAUGAUGAAGGACCAGAACAAACUCUGCAAAUGGAAAACAUACUGUGAACAAAGGAAUCUAUUGCAAUCUUGCCAGUGCUUCAGCCUAUUUUUGUCAGUGACUUCCUUUUGUUUUUUUAAAGUGACUAAUUUACCAACAAAUUUGAACAGUUUUUAUUUCCAAACAAUGUAGAUUGUUCAAAGGGACUAAAGCCAAGUUUCGUUCAUUAUUAUAAUAAAAUUCUGCAGUAAAAACAUGGUAAAAUGAAAAAUAAAAGUAAACUGUAUGCAUUCGAAUACCCUGCAGAGGACAUUGCAGCAUUGCGGCACUGAGCCUCUUGAAGUGAAAUUGUCAUCAUUAUGACAAAAUUUUCAUUGCUUAAUGCAUGGUGCCCUUGGCAAAGUCAGUAUCAGUUUUCAGCUAUUACAGUGCCUGUUCAGCUGAAGGAUAAAAAUAAGAUUAUUUCCACAGUGUGAUAAAUGAAAAAUAUAAUAAGUGAAACACCACAAGAAUAUGUAUGUAUAUGUAAAAGUUCUUCAGCACUGCCACAUGACCCAAACAACCUCGAAAUGAUUUAGGUUUGAUUUUCUAUAUUGUAUCAUUUAUAUCAUCUUUAGCCCAAUAACAUGCAAAUAAUUGUGCUCAAGUCUCUUAUAAGUUUCUUUAUUUUUAUAGUUUGUUAUUAUAUCAGUGACUGAACUUAACUGAUGUUAAUUGAUGUGAAUCAUUUUUCUGUAACAUUAGCAAUCUAAACUAGAAGGCUUUACUAUUUCUGUACAUAACAUAUAGUGCAAUAUGAUCCCUUGUACAAUACCGUUUGUAUUGAUCAGUAGCAUAAAAUCUGCCUUUUGUCAUUACUAGCUUUCUGCACUUGACUGGUGUUUUUGUCAACGGGCAGCUUACAGUGACAACAGUAGUACCUGUGAUGAGUUUUUCUUUAUGGCAAACUGGCUGUCAUCUCAUAGCUCAAGUAUUUUCCUCACAUUUUGUAUAAUGAAAUCACUUACAGUAUGAGUAAUAACAUGCUGAAACUAUGACGAACCAUUUCCUGUGAUGGGCAAAUCACAUGACUGAUCUACUGUGUAAGUCUUUUUUAUGGUACAAUUUGGAGUUUUGUUUAAGUCUUGUACUAAAUUGUUUGUUUAUAUACAUUUCCCACUGCGUUAUUAAAGCAAUUUCUGUUCAAUGCAGAAAACUCACUCCUGAUAUCUACAGAUGCUAUAAGAUGAUAUAUACACAUGCUGGAAUCAUGGACAGCCGAUAAAGGGCUGAAAAGAAGUGCGCUUCAUUGUGCUAAACAUUUCCCACGUUAAAGAAUUCACUGACAUUUAUUGCACUAAUUUUCUUACUAAGGAAAUUCUCUUUCUACAUCUUUUAGACACAUUUUACAGAAUUUAAGUAUUCAUAAUUUCCUUCUAUUUACAAAGAGCUUGGAUCUGUAAACCUAUUUUAUACAGUAAAAAUAUCUUAACUAACAACAUUCAAAUGAAACGAGAAGCUCAUUCUCUGACAUUUUGCAUCUGCAUAUUUAAUCAAGUGUUUCAGACCCAUUUAUAUGUCCUAUAUGUAGCUGUCACCUAGCAACAGCGUUUAGGACCUGCUGUAAUCCACAGAAUAGGUCAAGCAAGGCUUCACAGAGGAAAGAUAAUGUGACUGGAGCACACUUGUCUAAUCUGACUGUAAUACGCUAAAUAUAUUAAUAGAUACACCACCACAAGGGAAAAGUUAAAUCAGUUAGAUCUCACUAAAUCUGUGCUUUGUUUUCUAUCCCCACAACUGCUGUCGUCUCUGCUUCAGUCCAUAGCCUCUGUAAGGCUCAGUGUUUUUGUUUUAUUCUGCGAUAUAAGAAAUAAACCUGGUAAACAUUUUAUAAUAACCAACUGGUUCUUUUGUACCAAACUAUUUCCUUUCCUUAUUCCACCCCUACGCAAGGAAAGAGAAUGAAAGAAUGGUUUUAUCAUGUGCAUGUAUUUUUCCGCAGUCACUGUAAAGAUCCAUGAAUUGCACUUUUCCAAUAUUAAGCAUGCAAUGUAUGAUAUGAAUAGCGUGCUCUAAUAUCUAUUAUUCUUUUCCAAUAUAUCCAAUAAAUUAAUUUUCUACCA